AUAAGUCAUUCAUCGGAAAAAGUUCUGCAUUGGUAUAUUUAUAUUAAGUGACAUGCAUUACAAAAUAAGUUUGGAUUUGAUUGGGUAAAAAAGAGUUGGCUGUUGGACAAAUUAUGUAUUAAAAUUCGAAGGAAGAAGUGGAGUAGAAGCUGCAGCACACAAGACGUCGUAAGAUCUUUGUAGCCAUGGCUAUGCUUGCUCGCUUGAGCUCUGGAGCUGUUAGUACUCCUUCAUCUCCUCAAAAAGCUGCUCUACAACGUUUUCAGAAAUGCAUUGGUUCCUUUUUGUGGCCAGCAAUGGCAGGUGGAGGAGUGCAGCGCAAAUCCACACAGAUUGAUGCUAUCGACAGUUUCACGAAUGAAUUAGUAGAACGCAAAAGUAAGAAAUGGCAAGAGCUAAGAGGCAAUAUGAUGUCUGGUGUUGAAGCACUUUGUAAAGAUGUUCAAAAGGUAAAAGUUGUGGCAGACGACGACUACGGCAAUAGUACAGCGGGUGGCACAAGCAGGAAUUUUUCGAAAAAUUUUGGUUUAAUGUCGAAAGGUGUCAUUAGUGAUUUACAAGCCCUUCGUUCUCCUGAAUUGGGACUUGACAUACGGUCAUUGUCUCAGGCGCAGUUGGAUAAUUUGCUCAGCUCCACGUUGGAAAUAAAAAACAAAGUGGAUUUCUUGUACUUGGUGCGGCAAUGCAUACGAUGGCAGCAACUGCCUUCAAAUGAAGUACUAGUCUCAUGCCUUAAAUACCUUAGCAGUUUGUCCAGAGUGCAACAUAUUGAAUCGAUAGCGGAGAUUUGCCAAGAACAAAAUCACGUUUUGACAAAAAUGUACUGCGACUUGGCACCGUUUAAGGCUAUGGCAUUGUGGAGGAGUGAUAGCGCGGACUUGGCUUUAAAAACUCUAUCUCAGGGAUACGAAAGUGGGUCUAAUGAGGGGAAACGGAUGAUAAGAGCUGCUUUUCGAACUAUUGCCGAAGAGACAUUAGCUAAGAAGAGCGAGGCUGUGCUGGUACAUCUGAUGGAAAUUGCACGGAGUAUUUAUGAAAAACAUCAGGACAUCUUUGUCAUAGCUUGUGUGUGGAAGCAAUGUUUCGUGUGUGAUUGGUUUUGUGAUCAAAAAUCGGCCUGAUUUUCGGCGUGUUUAGGUGGCAAUCCGGAUGUACGAUGUAGAGAUGCGCAUUCAUUCGGCCAAGUCUUCAGCAGCAGUACGAAAUGUUGGGAGUUGCGGGAAUAAUUAGUGGUUCUGGGGGUAUAGUCGGACUACGGCCAUAAGCCA